AUGUCACUCAACACUGUUUUAAAUCAAGAAAAUAUUAGUUUAGAAGAGACGAUUAAUUGUAAUUUCAAAUUAAAGGAGGAAAAUGAAGAACUCAAAUCUGAAAUUAUCAAAUUACAAGAAAAAAUUAAAUUGUUAGAGUCAAAGCUCAACGACAAAGUAUCAUCACCAGUAUCAAAGAAUGCAAAUGAAAAUGAAAUUUGCGUUGAAUCAAAUAUUGAAUUAAAUGGGAACAAGAAAUCAUUGACUUUGGAGGAAUAUUUGCGUUAUGGACGGCAACUUAUUUUACCCGGUUUUGGUCUUUCUGGUCAAAUCAAGCUUAAAAAUGCAUCAAUUUUAGUAGUUGGUGCAGGUGGUUUAGGAGCACCAGCUGCGAUAUAUUUAACAUCUGCUGGAGUUGAUUAUGAUAGUGUUGAAUCAUCAAAUUUACAGCGUCAAAUCAUUCAUAAUGAAUCAAGGACAGGAAUUUCUAAAGCUCAAUCAGCAAAGAUGACUAUUCAAAAGUUGAAUUCACUUUGUGAGUGUAUAGCGUAUGAUUUACUGUUGGAUAAUACUAAUGCGCUUGAGAUAAUUAAAAGCUAUGAUAUUGUAAUUGAUGCAACUGACAAUGUCGCUACGAGAUAUCUCCUUAAUGAUGCGUGUGUGAUAUUGGGUAAACCUCUUGUGUCAGGUAGUGCUUUACGUAUGGAGGGUCAAUUAACAGUCUACAAUCAUAAAGAUGGACCAUGUUAUCGAUGUAUGUUUCCUAAACCUCCACCACCCGAGAGCGUACUAAAUUGUGCUGAUGGAGGUGUAUUAGGCGUAGCAUUAUUAGCAAUCAAAAUAGCAAUCAAUAUGGAAGAGGGUGAAAAGCCUCAUAAUCUUUUAUUAUUCUCGGCUGCAGACUAUCCACUUUUCCGAUCCAUGAAGCUACGAUCUAAAAAGCCCAAUUGUUCAGUUUGUGGUGAAAAUCCAACUAUAACGCAAUUACAAAACUACGUACAAUUUUGUGGUACUGGUGCCUUAGACAAGUCGCCGGAUGUGAAAUUGUUGAAUCAUGAAGAGAGAAUCAACGUCAAAGUAGGGGCUCACAUUCCGCUCCAAAACCUUUCAACUAGAUUGGAUGAAAUUGAAAAAUCAUUACCAUCUCCAAUAACACCAGUUUGUCGACAUGGAAAUGAUUCUCAGCAUGCAGUUCAACUAUUAAAAAAAAUAACUAAAGGGGAAGUUAAAGACAUUAUUGGAGGAUUGUAUAGAUGGGCAAAAGAAGUUGAUAAUCAAUUUCCUAUUUAUUAA